GAAACCCGGUCCACGAUCAGUACUAGCCAGGGUGUAUGCUGGCGUGGGUUUUUUCACCAUUAAAGGAGGUUCAUACACAAUCAUAUCAUCGAAUAUUCACUGAUGAGUUCCCGAUUUAACCCCCGGAACGAAUAAACAAACUGUCGAAGCGACUUCAAAAAUUAUUCUUAGAUCGCUUCGAUGGUCGAUCACUACAAUAAGCUGGUUAAACUAGCUGCGAGGGCUUUCUAUGAUGAUCUAACGAACAAAGGGGAGAAUCAACCCAAAUUGGGAAGGAGUGAUAACAGAGGAAUCGCUGUGGUGAUUCUUGAUGCCCUCACCCGGCGGCAAUGGGUCAGAGAAGAAGACUUGGCAAAAGAUCUCAAAUUACACACAAAACAACUUCGUCGAACUCUUCGGUUUUUUGAAGAAGAAAAGAUCAUUACUCGGGAAUAUAGGAGAGAGACAGCAAAGGGUGCUAAACUUUAUAGUGCUGCUACAGCUGCUACAGCUGAUGUUCAACUGAAUGCAAAAGAGGGAGAAGAAAAGGUCAAGUUGCACACACACUCGUACUGUUGUCUGGAUUAUGCACAGAUAUAUGAUAUGGUUAGGUACAGAAUACAUCGCAUGAAGAAGAAGCUGAAAGAUGAAUUGGAUAACAAGAACACAAUUGAGGAAUAUAUAUGUCUAAAAUGUGGAAAAAGAUACAAUGCUCUGGAUGCACUACGGUUAGUAUCUUUUGAAGACGAUGACUUUCAUUGUGAAAAUUGUAAUGGAAGACUUGAGGUAGAGAGUGACAAGUUUGCUGCUCAAGAGGGGGGAGAUGGAGAUGAUAAUGCAAGAAGACGACGGCAUGAAAAGUUGAAAGACAUGCUUCAGAAGAUGGAGGUGCAGCUCAAGCCCUUAAUAGACCAACUCAGCCGAGUGAAAGAUUUGCCUGUUCCUGAAUUUGGCAGUCUUCAAGCGUGGGAAGCUCGAGCUAGUGCUAUGGGGCGUGCAGCCAAUGGCGAAAUUGGAGUUGGUGAUUCUAAACUUUCUCAGCUUGGAUACAAUGGAGCACCAAUGCCUUAUAGUGGAGAUACUAAGGUUGUGGUAGACUUCAAUGAGAAUGAAGGAAACGGAGAGGAUGUUAAGCCUGAAACUGAAAGUACAUCUCUAAAGGUUUUGCCACCGUGGAUGAUUAAAUCUGGGAUGGUUCUUACAAAGGAACAACGUGGAGAGGUGAAGCAGGAAAUAAAGAUGGAUGGAACUUCAACUUCCACAGCAGCACAGUACUCAGAUGACAAGAAGUCAACAGUUGAACAUGAUGAUAAGAAAAAUAUACAGGAUGAGUAUAUUAAAGCUUAUUAUGCUGCUUUGCUUAAGCAACAACAUGAAUUGGAAGCUGCUAGAAAACAGGAGUUGUCAAAUACCCUUGUUGCAGAUGAUCCUUCUAGCAGUGCUUCUAAUCGUAAAGUGGGCAUGAAAUCAAAACUUGAGGAAGGAAAAGAAGAUGAUGAUGGUACUGAAUGGGAGGAGACUCCAAUUGCAGGUAAUGGAAAUGAAAGUUACAAGGUCAAUGAUUUGAAUGUUCAAGCUGAUGAUGGGCCAGCAGAUGACGAUGAAGACGUAGACUGGGAGGAAGGUUGAUGAAAAGUUUAUCUCUUCAGUACAGUGAGGUCCUCAUGCUGCAAUCAAGCGCAAGCUAUGUAUUCUGAUGCUUUGAGUUUAGUUUAUCAUUCUUUUAUUUCAGGUUCAUAAAUAUAAGUUUUGACGGCGUGCAUUUUUAUUCAACAAAAAUUUUCAAGGCAGCAGUUAUAUGAAAGAUGUCUUCGCAAUAAUGCUACUAGUCAGUUUUAUUUCCAGCAGUUUCAACGAGGAAAACUCCAUUACAAAUUAUUUUGACGAUAAAUUCGUUUUACGUGUUUCUGAGGAAAUAAAAUUUGUACUAUUGAAUAUGUACUAUAAUUGCUUUGUAAGGCAUCAGUCAUUCAAUUCACACACUUUUUCAGAGCUU